AUGGCGAUGUCAAGACUUCUUUCAAAGGCUGCUGCUGUCCGUGCGGCGUCAACAUCAACGGCGGCGCAGACCACAAAAGCGGCUGGUGACAUCUCAUCGGUCUUCCCCAGUUUGAGAUCAGACUAUCAGCCGGAGCCUCUUCCCCCACGCUUUGGGGAAUUGAAGCUGCGGCUCUUUCAAAAGAAUGAAAAAGCUUUGACUGAGAGCUGGAAGAGACUCCUGCUCAGCUUGGAAGAGGAGGUCGACAAGAUCAAGACCAAAGGCAGUGACAUUAUUCCAUCUGUUGACUACACCGAUGUUGUGUCGGGCAGUAUCCCGGAGGCGACUAUGAAAGAGAUCCGCCACCGGGGCACUGUGGUUAUACGGAAUGUCGUCCCUCGAGACAAGGCCAUGGAUUACAAGCAGCGUAUCCGGGACUAUGUUGCUGCCAACAAGGAGCGUGUCAAGGCAUUCCCGGCCGACUCUCCAGCAGUCUAUGAGCUCUACUGGACUCCGGCCCAAGCAGAAGCUCGUGCCCAUGCCAACAUGCUUGAUGCCCAGCGUUUUCUGCAGCGUCUGUGGCACUCCUCCGACCCCAAUGCUAAGUUGUCGACAUCCAAUCCACUCACAUACGCGGACCGCCUACGCAUGAGAGAUCCAGGUGAUGCCAAGUUUGCCCUUGGCCCACAUGUCGACGGUGGCUCGCUCGAGCGCUGGGAAGACCCAGAGUACUCGAGCGUGUACAGCAAGAUCCUGGAGGGCAACUGGGAGCAAUACGACGCGUGGGAUGCAAAGCACCGUCUGAAGGCCAAGAUGGAUAUGUACAACGGGGCAGGUGCUUGCUCCAUGCUUCGCUUCUUCCAAGGCUGGAUGUCCAUGUCUGACACUGCCCCCGGCGAGGGUGGUCUACGUGUGUGCCCUAUGAUUGUUCACAGCACCGCGUACACUAUCCUUCGCCCCUUCUUCGAUGUCAAGAGUCAGCAGCCCAGCCUAGAUGGAACCUUCCCUGGCUCCGUCCCCGGCGCUUGCCAAGAAUAUAACCCAGUAACGCACCCGCAGUUGGAGCUGGAGACGACUAUGGUGUCGGUACCGAAGGUUGAACCCGGCGACUUUGUUGCCUGGCACUGCGACAUGCUCCACUCUGUCGACAAGGAGCAUCGUGGCAAGGGCGACUCGAGCGUGCUCUAUAUUCCCGCCACCCCUCUGUGUGACGUGAACAUCGACUACCUCCUCAAGCAGCGCCAGGCUGCUAUCGACUACUCGCCUCCUUGGGAUUUCCCCGGCGCCGGUGGCCCUGGUGAAAUAGGUUUCCAGGGUGCUAUGGACUGGUCUUCGCUUAACCCCGAGGGACAGCGUGCCAUGGGUCUCGGUAACAAGCCCUGGGAGGUUACGGAUGGGAUGAGCGAGGGUGAGAAGGAGGCUGUGCGAUCAGCCAACAAAACUUGCUUCGGUCUGUAA